CGCACCACCUCUCAGCUCCGAAACUCUCUCACGCUCUCACGAUCUCAAAUUCUCUGUGAAUUCAAAAACCUCUCUCUUUUUUCUUCAAUUCUCAUUCAAAUUUCAAUUCCUCUAAGCUCAAAAAACCACAACCAUGCUAGUUUAUCAGGAUCUUCUCACUGGUGAUGAGCUUCUCUCGGACUCAUUCCCAUACAAGGAAAUUGAAAAUGGGAUGCUGUGGGAAGUGGAAGGAAAGUGGGUUGUUCAAGGAGCAGUCGAUGUAGACAUUGGGGCUAACCCUUCUGCAGAAGGUGGAGGUGAGGAUGAAGGUGUUGAUGACCAAGCUGUCAAGGUUGUCGACAUUGUUGACACCUUUAGGCUUCAGGAACAACCUGCUUUUGACAAGAAGCAGUUUGUCACAUUCAUGAAGAGGUACAUCAAGAAUCUGACACCCAAAUUGGAGGCAGACAAGCAAGAGUUGUUUAAGAAGCACAUUGAGGGAGCAACCAAGUUCCUCCUCUCAAAGCUCAGUGACCUCCAAUUUUUUGUGGGGGAAAGCAUGCAUGAUGAUGGUGGUUUAGUGUUUGCGCACUACAAGGAAGGCGCAACUGAUCCAACCUUUAUCUACUUUGCAUAUGGACUGAAGGAAAUCAAGUGUUAAACAUUUACAUGGUGAUCUUCCUUUAGUUUUAGUUCUAAGUUAUUUAUCAGUAUUUAUAUUUUCCUCUUUCCUUUGGAACCUGUGGAAGAUAAGGGUAUAGUUCGAUCUAAGAGUAUUGGUUUUUGAGUUUUGUUCUAAUACUGCAUGUUCUUCUGGUCGUGGUGAUGUUAGAGGAUUUAUAUACAUAUCUCAGUUGAGGAAUAAAAAUAUAAAAUGUGUGUUUUGUUCAA